AUGGAGCGAUACACUCACCAAGAACGCGGCACAAUCGUGUCUAUUUUUUUGCGUAACAAUUCGUCUGUGGUGUUGGCGCAGCGCGAAUUCCGUCGCCGAUUCCCCGGUCGUCCGGCACCGACUGCGCAAACACUGCGCCGUUUGGCCACCAACCUUGAAGAGUAUGGAACCACACGAGACGCUGCCAAGAGUGGCCGGCCUCGGAGCGCCCGUUCUGCCGAGAAUAUCGCCGCUGUUGCCUAG